AUGGAUGUUAAUGUUAGACAGGUAAACGCCACAGGUAGGCAGGCAGCACAGUUGCGCGAAUAUGCCGCCCCCGCGCUAGUGGCACCGCGGCUACCAGCACGACACACUCGGGCGCACCCAGGCCAGGCCGGCAAGCGUCGCAUCGCAAAAAUCCGGCGCGCCCAACCACGCCACACCAGUGGGUCUGGCGGGAGAGGCGAGCACAUCACCACGCGGCGGGGCCGAUGCCGAUGCGAAUGCGAUGCGGUGGCGAGGAUUGAGGAGGAGGCGCAGGCGCGGCAGGCAGAAGCAGCCGACCCACCCCCGGGACGUGGACGUGGCGCAGGAGCAGGCGCGGGAGGAAAGGAAAGGCCACUCGGGGGCCGGGCCAAGCCAAACGCGGAGUCGCCGAGGAGGACAAGGCACAACAAGCCGCACGAGAAGGCAGGCAGGCAGGGCAGGGCAGAGAGGAAGGAAGAGGAGGAGGAGAGCGCGUGGAGGAGGCGAGGGGGGAUGCGGCGGGCGAGGCCGCCGCCGGUCCCGACGGCGCCGGGGGACGCGGGGGGGCCAGAGGUGAAGUACCGCGGGGUGAGGCGGCGGCCGUCGGGGCGGUACGCGGCCGAGAUCCGGGACCCGGCCAGGAAGACCCCGAUCUGGCUCGGCACCUUCGACUCGGCCGAGGCCGCGGCCCGCGCCUACGACGCCGCCGCCAGGACCAUCCGCGGCGCCGCCGCCAGGACCAACUUCCCCUCCGCUGCGGUGCCGCCGCCGCCGCUCCCCGCAACCGUCACCGCCCCCGCCGCCACGGCGGGGGCGGCGACGUCUAGCCACAGCAGCACCGUCGAGUCCUGGAGCGGCGGCGGCGCGCCCGCCGGGAUCCUCCGCGCCGCAGCCGCCCCGGCCGCCGAGGAGGACUGCCGCAGCUACUGCGGCUCCUCGUCGUCGGUUCUCUGCGAGGACGGCGCGUCGGGCCCGGGCUGCGGCGACGAGGCCGCCGCGCCGCCGCCGGCCCCGCUGCCGUUCGAUCUGAACGUGCCGGACCCGGCGGCCGACGAGAUGGACUGGCGCUGCGACACGGUGCUGCACCUCUAG